GAACGACGUCGUUUGCAUACUAUAAAACCGACCGAUUUCGGUCGGUUUUGAUUAUUUUAUUUUUAUUUCUUGAUUUAUUUUGGCUAAGUGCUAAGACGACGUCGUUUGUGCAAAAUAAAACCGACCGAAUUGGUGGUCGCUUUUGGGCGGUCGGUUUAAUAUGGUCGGUUUUAAAUGCUGGGAAAGUAGCGUUCUGCUCGUUAACCGACCAGAAACGGACGUUCGUUUUAUUUUGCAACAUAACCGACCACCCGGUGGUCGGUUUUGACCCCCAUUGUAUAUUUUAUUAUUUAAAAAACGGCGGGUAGGUGCGUUUUAGCAGUGAUACGACAUCGUUUUGUUUAAAUAGACAUAACCGACCGUUUAUAUUUGACAGUCGGUCGGUUUUGUGUGAGCUAAAAAGUUAAAAACUACUCUCCACUUUCAUUAUACAACAAAGCUUGGAAAUUAUCAAAUAUCAAAAGAAGAAGAAGAAGAAGGAGAAGAAGAAAAAGAAGAACAAGAAAGGAAGGAAUCAAUUAUCAAAAACAAAGUAAGCUACUCUUCUUAAUUAUGAUCACAUUGUGAUUUUUAUUUAUUUUGUUGAGAAUAAUUUGUAUGAAUGUUGUUUAUAUAAAUUUCUUGGAUAAUUUGUAAUGUGUAUAUGUUUUAUGUUAUGUUAAUACAUACGUGCGUGGUGUGUAUAUAUAUUUAUGUAGAUGACAAAUCUUGAUCGAAGUUGGAUUAGUAACCGGUUGCAACGAGAUAAAAUUACUCUUAAUUUAGAAUAUAGGGAAGGUGUAGAGGAAUUUUUGAAUUUUGCAAGCUUGAAAAUGGAGGGAGGUAUGAUGAAAUGUCCUUGCAAGCUUUGUAAAAAUUUGAAUUGGUUAGGGGUAGAUGAUGUUCGGUUUCAUUUGAUAUCCGAGGGUAUGAUGGAGAGUUAUACGGUAUGGACUUCGCACGGAGAGGUUUCGCAAAAAAAUAAAAAGCGAAAAUCAUGUGAAACGCGAGAAUGUCGUAGGGUAGUAGAUGAUCAUGUUGAUAUCAACUCCAUGUUACAUGAUUUUGCCGGUUCGAAUCAUGAAUUUUAUGAUACCACGGGUACUACUAAUGUUGAAGAAGCUCCUAAUGAUAGUGCUAAAGAAUUUUAUAAGGCGAUUGUUGAAAAUGGUGCUCCUAUUUAUCCCGGUUGCACAAAAUUUACAAGAUUAAGUUUUACCGCAAAAUUGUUGGAGUUCAAAAAUGCGUCUAAUUGUAGUGACAAAGCCUUCAACAGUUUGAUUAAGAUCAUUAUGGACGUGUUACCAAAAAAGCACACAUUACCCGAGUCUUAUUAUGAGAUGAAAAAGGUUAUGAAAAGUUUAAGGGUGGAAUAUGAAAAAAUUGAUGUGUGCGAGAAUGAUUGUAUGCUAUUUUAUGGAGAUGACAAAGAUAAAAUUGUGUGUGAUAUAUGUAGUUGUAAUCGAUAUUUGGAUAAAUCAAGGAAAAAUGGUAAGAAAAUUCCGAGAAAGAUUUUAAGACAUUUUCCUUUGAUUCCCCGACUGCAACGCUUAUAUAUGUCGGCACAUACAUCCAACCACAUGAGGUAUUACAAAAAUCGAGAGGUCAAUGAAAAAGAAAUUUCUCACCCUGCGGAUGGAGACGAAUGGAAGAAUUUUGACCUCCGAUAUCCAUCAUUUGCUCAAGAAAUUCGUAAUGUAAGACUUGGUUUUGCGACCGAUGGUUUCAACCCGUUUGGGAAUACGGGUAACAAAACAUAUAGUGUAUGGCCCGUGGUAAUUGUUGUGUAUAAUCUUCCGCCGUCCAUGUGUAUGAAGAGACCGUAUAUGUUUUUGACGGAUAUUAUACCGGGUCCGGAGAGUAUUGGGAAAAAUAUUAAUAUAUAUCUUAGACCUCUCAUUGAUGAAUUGAAGACAUUAUGGUAUACCGGAGUGCAAACAUAUGACCAAUCUCUAAAACAAAAUUUUACCAUGAGAGCGGCUCUUAUGUGGACAAUCAGUGAUUUUCCUGCCAUGAGUAUGGUAAGUGGUUGGUCGGGGAAAGGAAAGCUUGCAUGUCCAGUGUGUUUGGGAAGUGUGCAGGGGUUUCAGUUAAAACAUUCUGGGAAAUGUUCUUUUCAUGGCACUAACCGAAUUUUUCUUGAACCUAAUGAUCCAUUGCGUAAGAAGAGUAGCUUGUUUGACCAUUCGGAAAAAAGGUUGUGGCGUGGACGCUUAUCCGGGGAGGAAGUUAAAACUUGGAUUGAUAGCAUAGACUUUCCACCACCCGGAAAGACUAACAAAAAGAAAAGAAGUGAUGGAUAUGGGGUUGAGCAUCAUUGGACUCAUGCCCCGAUGUUCUAUGAUCUCCCUUAUUGGUCUUCACAUAGUUUGCGACAUUCCAUUGAUAUCAUGCAUACCGAAAAAAAUGUGUUUGAGAACAUAUUUUUUACCAUUGUUGGGGGCAAGAAGUCAAAAGAUCACCACAAGGCAAGGUCGGAUUGCAAACACUUCGGUGUGUUGCCUCAUUUGUGGAUUGAUGAAAAUGGCAAAAAACCAAAAGCUCCGUACUCUCUUAGUAGAAAACAACUCAAACUUCUAUGUCAGUGGAUUGAGUCGUUGAAACUUCCAGACGGUUAUGUCUCAAAUAUAUCUCGUUGUUGCAAUGCUAAGGAGUGUAAGUUUUUUGGAUUUAAAUCGCAUGAUUGUCAUAUUUUCCUUCAAAAAUUGUUGCCUCUAUCAAUUCGCGAGCUUCUACCGGGACCAAUUGUGGAUGCCUUGACAAUGAUUUCCAAUUUUUUUCAAGAAUUAUGUUCAUCUGUGAUUACGAGAUCCGACUUGGAUCUAAUGACGAAAUCGGUUAUUAGAGCUUUGUGUUUAUUGGAAACAAUUUUUCCUCAGACUUGGUUUGAUUCGAUGGAGCAUUUGGUAAUACAUUUAGCAGAAGAAAUUAGACUAGCAGGACCCGCUUAUUGGCAUUGGAUGUAUCCAAUUGAACGGUUAUUAGGGAAAUUUAAACAAAAGGUUGGUAAUAAAGCGCGAGUCGAGGGUUCAAUUGCCGAACGUUAUAUGGAAGAGGAGAUUCUUAAUUUUUGUUCCUUCUACUUUGCCACGGACUCAAUUCAUAAUAAAAUACGUCGCAAUGAAGCUCGUUUUGAUGGUGAUGGCUCCGAAAAAUUAGAAGUUUUUGAAUAUCCAAUUGAAUGUCUUGGUAAAGAGGGAAGUCGUUAUUUGACCGAUAAAGAGCGAAAGUUAGCAGAAGAAUAUGUACUUCUAAACUCUCCAGAAAUUCAACCUUAUCUAAGGCGGUUUACAGAUCGUGUUAUGAGUCAACGUCCGGAGACAACACCUCAACAAUUAGAUUGUUACAUAAAGACCCGAUUUAAAGAUUGGUUAUUGAAAAAGGUUGGACGAAAUGAUGUAAACCGACCUCUUCUUCAAUAUUUGUUUGAGGGACCGGCUAUGCGGGUAAUGACAUUUGAGACUUGUAAAGUCAAUGGAUACAAAUUUUGUACGAGAACAUCUUCCGGUUCCGGUGUCAUUGUUAAGGGCACUUCACAUGAUAACAAUAGUGAUUAUUAUGGACAAUUGGAGGAAAUUGUCAAGCUUAUUUAUCGAGGAGGAAAUUAUGUAUAUUUAUUCAAAUGUAUAUGGUUUGAUAGUGUCGGAAAUGGUGUUGUGAUUGAUAAAAAUAGGGUCGUGACCGUGGAUAUUACUUCAAGAUUGAAGUCGGAUGAGAUUUUUAUUUUGGCUAGUCAAGCUUCCCAGGUUUACUAUGCUCCCAGUGUAUUGAAUCCACAUGGCAAAUAUUUUACGGUCGUCAAGUCUAAAAGUCGUCCGAUAAGCGAAUCUAUCAAAAUAUCAAAUGAUAUUGAAGAAGCUUAUCAAGAAGAUAGAUCAAAUGCUACUAGUGCAUUCUCUAUAUUUGUUGAUUUUGCACAAUAUGUUUGUACUCACAUUCAUAAGGAGGGCUUGGAAUUUGGUUUUGUGUUUGUAUUAAGGGGUUGUGGUUUGCAUUUGGCAUUUUGA